CAACACAUAUAUAAGGAGAGGCUGGCCAAGAUGAGCAUCGUCAGUCAGCGAUCCGCCCCUUCCUUGACCACACCCACCUCCUCCUUUUCUCCUUCGCCAUCGCUCCUCCAAGAUGAGACUUCAACUCGCCUUUGUCCUCGCUGUGGCGGCGGUGGCAGCCUCGGCCCGCGUCCCACCACCAAGAGGACCUCAACGGGAGCCACUUAUCAAGAAGACAUAUAAAGACCAAGAUCACCUGGAUGUCAUGGGACACAUGCGGGCGAGCAAGAGCGCCAAGAACCGCAAUGCUGUAGAAGGACUGGGCUACUGGAAUCAGCAAAUGCAGGCCGAGCUCCAGGACCAGCUAGCGAAGUCCCCCAUCGUCAAGCAAGCCAAGAACAUCAUCUUCUUCCUCGGAGACGGCACCUCGAUCUCCACUCUGACCGCCGCCCGCCUCCUCAAGGGUCAUUUGACAGGCAAUGACGAGCACGAGGUCAUGGCGUAUGAGAAAUUCCCAUAUUCGUCACUCAUCAAGACCUACAGCGCAGACAAGAUCGUCACCGACUCCGCCGCCAGCGCCACCGCCUACCUGACCGGCGCCAAGGGCAACCAAGCGACCAUCGGUGUGGACGCCAACGUGCUGCUCUCAGACUGCGAUGCCAUGAACAACCCGAGCUACCACACGCCCUCUGUGCUGAAGAACUUCCAGGGACGCAAGAAGUUCACACCGAAGGGCGUGGACGAUCCCGAGGGAGGCGACGGAGGUAAGCGUGACGACGGCAAGAACCUCAUUCAAACGUGGAUCGACCAAAAGCAGGUUCUUGGCAAUGCCUCGUACGUUUGGCACCGCGAAGACCUUCUGGCUUUGGACACCGCAAACACCGAUUACCUCAUGGGCCUCUUCGACUGGAGCCACAUGUCGUUCGCCAUUGACGAGGACACGAGUAAUCCUUCCCUUGAAGAGAUGACUCGCGCUGCCAUCGAGGUCCUGCAGCGAGACGACAACGGAUUCUUCCUUUUCGUCGAAGGAGGAAACAUCGAUAAGGCUCAUCACUUGAACGAGCACCGUUCUGCUCUGCAAGAAGCACUGGAAUUUGAGAAGGCCAUUGCUUUGGCUGACUCGAUGACUGACCCCGAAGAAACUCUUAUCAUCGUCACCGCUGACCAUUCGCAACCCCUCGUCAUCAACGGCUAUCCUGAGAGGGGGACAGACGUGCGCGAUCUCGGAGACUUCUCAGACGUGGACGGCCUCCCUUUCACGACUCUGAUGUACACCAACGGACCCGGCUACAGAGGGGAACCACACGGCGAGCGACCAGACCCCUCCGCUGAAAACUAUUACGACCCCCACUACAUGGGCGCCGCCACCGUGCCCAUGAUCGAGUCCCACCACGCCGGCGAGGAGGUGAUCCUGUACGCCCGCGGCCCUCACGCCCACCUCUUCACAGGGAUCCACGAGAACGCCUACAUUCCCACGCCCUCAGAUACGCUGCAUGUGUCGGCGACGGACUCCACUUCUGCCCAACGGAAGCCUAGCGCCGUCACACAAAGUCAAUUAUUUAAUGCGAUGUAGAGGUAAUGGGGGGUGAAGGGUCUAAAUAUAAAUAUAAAUAUAAAUUGUAUAAAAUAAAAAAAGUAAAUCGA